AUGGAUAAAACAAAAAAGGUGAAUAAUCCAUUAUUCAGCGUAUCCGUAACAGGAGGAACCUUCGAAGAUUUCACUCAACAUGCCAUGAUACUUCCAGCUAAAGAAAAGCCACCUCCCCCAACUUUGAAUCUAACAUCAGAACAAAUACUCAGUAACAUAGUCCCAAACUCCAGCUCCUCAUCAUUUGUCAAUCAACAGAAAUCUGCUUUCGAUUCUGCCGAGACACAAGACAUACCGUUAGCAUCGAAUAUAUUCGGAUCCGGUCUACAAGAAGUGGCACCAGGGCCUUUUGAUCCGUUACCAAGCAUAAGUGAACCCUUACCAGUCAUUUCGUCUCUGCAGCCCCAUUUGAGUACGCCAGCGCAGCAAGCGUCACACUUUUCGUCAGUUAUUUCAUCUUUCUCAAAUAUUUUGAAUAUUGGGGGAUCUGGACAUACCCAGAAAGAGGAAGUAUCUGUUGGUGCUCCAGCGGGGAUUGAAGAUUUGAUUGGGCAGGAGAAUAGUAAUCUUGUGCCGGUUCCUCUAUUUGCACCUAGUGCUCAUGUACCAGCCCAAGUUAGACCUCCCACUAAUACUGGCCCAUCUAACGUAUUCCGCCGCUCCGGCCUGAAACGACCCACGUACGCUCCAGUUCCUGGUCUAUCAAACACAGCUCCUCCACUUCUCCAAAACGCACCUCAAAACGUACCUCACCUACCCCAGAAUCUUCCUCCCCAACCUCAAUUGGUACCUCCCUUUCCCGACCAGGCAAACUAUUUCGUUCCCUUGAAUACCUCGGUGUCCCCCGCCAACUCGAUUUCUUCCAGUUCUAGUGUCGAACAAUUCACGCAUUCGAUUCCGAACCACUUCAAACCGAUUUCCCCUCCUCCGCCUAGUUUGCCUUCGGUGCACCCCAUCCCACAGCCUUUGCCCACUGUGCCUAGUCACGCCGUACAUUUCGGGCAGCCCUUGCAAGUCGGUGAAAUAACGAAGAGUUUCCAGAGUCCAGUCAUGGACGCUAUGCCAGCUAGUGAGCUGUUGCAGGAUUCUAACCUCAAUGAUGUGCCUCAUGCCGUUGAUAGUGGUGGGACCAGUAACGAUAAUGUGAAUCAAGCUAACCUUAUAGUGAAUCAGCUAUACCGCCCUGUAUACCAUCACUGGUUUUACCAAAAAGAAACUGAAGGCAGAAAGACAUGGUACCCCUUUUCCAUGGUGGAUUCUUUGGCACUUGACCAUGCAUUCACAUCAAACGAUUUGGACCCAGAAAAGGUGAUAGCUACAGACGGUGGCAGAUAUGACGUGAACAUACUUCGUAGGCAAAGAUCGCCCGUUUACUGGAAAGGUAACCCUACCGAAGUGAGAAGGUGUUCAUGGUUUUACAAAGGUGGCACUACCGGUCAGCUGGUGCCUUACGAAGAAAAUGUGGCCGCGAGACUGGAACAGGAAUUCAAACAAGCUUUCGAAUCGGGACAGUGGAAUCGAAAAGUUGAGCUGGCCGAUGGCAAGAUAGUAGUGUUUCAUGGACCAGAUGUUUUCGUUCUUUUUUCUCCUUCGACUACCCCGACUCCUGAUGCUUGGGCCAAUUCAUCAAAUCAAUCUCGACCAAGGGUAGUGAAGCGUGGAAUGGACGAAUUCGACAUAGAUGAAGGUGAACCUGCUCAAGUUGAUCACAUCCUCUUCAUGGUUCAUGGGAUAGGAUCAGUUUGUGAUUUCAAACUCAGAACUGUCGAAGAAGUUGUCGACGAGUUUCGAAAUAUCGCUUUUCAACUGGUACAGUCUCACUACAAACAAUCCUGUCUCACAGGAAAAGUCAAUAGAGUUGAAGUUCUGCCUAUCAGUUGGCACGAAAAAUUACAUUCCGAAGAAACUGGCAUCGAUAAACAGUUGAAGGGUAUCACGUUAGAAAGCAUUCCUAAAUUGAGAGACUUCACGAAUGACACCUUGCUCGACAUACUCUUUUAUACUAGCCCCAUUUAUUGCCAGAAUAUCAUGGCUACUGUGGGUAACGAAUUGAAUAGGGUACAUGAAUUGUUCAAGCAAAGGAACCCUUCAUUCAGUGGGGGAAUUUCUCUUGGUGGUCACAGUUUGGGAAGUCUUAUUCUUUUCGAUUUGCUUUGUCAUCAAGCUCCGAAAAGUGAAGAAGAAGAGGAUGACGAGGAACAAGAAACAGAAGAUGCACAUGACGAUAUUUUUCCCCCUAAGCAAGUGGUGUCAAAACCUACACCAAUCAAGAGAAAAAUGAGCAGACGUAUCAGUUACAUGAUGGGCACUAAAGGAACUGGCCAACCGCAAAUACAUUAUCCUCAUUUGAACUUCGAACCGAAGACAUUUUUCGCUCUGGGAUCUCCAAUAGGGAUGUUUGUUAUAAUAAGAGGCUUAGACACUCUUGGAGAGAAGUUCCAAUUACCCACCUGUCCUUCUUUCCUUAAUAUUUUCCAUCCCUAUGACCCCAUAGCAUAUCGUAUUGAAUCUCUCAUCCAUCCCGACAUUGGAAAGCUGAAACCCGUUCUUAUUCCACAUCAUAAGGGGAGGAAAAGGAUGCAUUUAGAGUUGAAAGAGACAAUGGCCCGCGUAGGCGCAGAUUUGAAACAAAAAGUGGUCGACUCUAUGAAGAGCACCUGGAACUCAUUUUAUCAACUUGCUUUUUACAAAACCGAUCAGAACACUUUAGAAGAGGAGGUCGAUAAAGUAUUCAACGAGCAGAUGCAGAGUACGCAAGAAGAAAACGAUGAGCCUCUACAAGAAGAAGUCAACUGUCCACUGGGUAGUUUGAACAAUGGUAGGCGAGUGGAUUAUGUGUUGCAAGAAGCCCCUUUCGAGUUCAUCAACGAAUAUAUUUUCGCAUUAACUAGUCAUGUCUGUUACUGGGAUUCUGAGGAUACAAUUCUUUUAAUGCUCAAGGAAAUCUACUCCUCAAUGGGAGUGACCAGCGACAGCCAAAUCCCGCAACAGUCCAUGACGAUCGAACGGCCGCCGUCGUCUCCCACCGCAAUCCGCACGGCCAAACUGAACGCCAUCUUCCACAAGGAGGAGCCUAUCGCCGUGGAUCCCACCAGGCACAUGCAGCCUAACGCCGUGGAUCCCACCAGGCCCAUGCAGCCUAACGCGAACCUGCGUCCUCCGCCCACUGCUGGAUUUUUCGACCGUUCGCGCGGAGGUACGCGCCUUAUUUAUUGGAUUCGCGACAGGGGUAUCACGUCAAGCGGAAGAGGCAGCAUGCUUUUUCAUACAGGGUGUUCCAUAAUUAGCGUGCGAUACUUGGAACUUGAGUCUAAGCAUGGCUUCUUGGUUUUUGAGGGAGUUACAUUCUUGAAGAGACUCACCUGAAGAGGUUUUAUUUUUUGGAUGAGAUGAUCAGAGUUUACAUUGAAUAUUACUGUUUAUGCUGAAUUAAUGAAAGUGGAGCAGACGAAGUUGAAAAUUUUUAUUCAAGUGUGUAUUUAACAGAUAUUUUCAGCCCUCACAUUUUUGUUAGUAAUCAUUUUUGCAAUUUCACCACAGAAACCGAGAAUUGUGAGAUUUUGAGGAAAAUCGAUUUGAACCUGACAUAAAAUGAAUUAUUUUUAAUAUUUACAAUUAUUUAUGGCAUAUUGGAUACAACCUGUGAGCCUGCACCAAGAAACAUAUCCCAUAACCCAAGACAUUCAGAUUGAUUUCUAAUUUAUUUUGUAGAGUAAUUUAGUUAUUAU